AUGUCUGUACCUCCUGGCUUCACCUAUAACAUGGACUCUCUGUUGCCUCUAGUUGCUGCUCAGCAAGCUCCGACUGAGUAUGAAGUGGAGGUGGAGCUGAAUGUGACAGAUGUUGGGGCAGUGGAUUAUCUCAGGAGACUGCUGAACAACAGGACCUUUUCCCUGGCUGUGGGUCCCACUGUGAAUGUCACGCACAUUGACAUCAACACAGUGUGUUACCCAAAUGGCACCAACUUCCAGUGCAUAUGUGAGGAUCAGUAUGUUUGGUCACACACAAACUGUAUAACAUAUGGAGCCUGUGAUGCGAUCACUAACAGCACGUGCAGAUGCAUCAACAGUAUUCCAACCAAUGGAGAAUACUGCCAGCUAAAGACAGUGCCGCCAAUUAUUUAUGAAUACCAGAUCUUCGUUGAGGUGGAGACUACAGAUGCAGAUCAGCUGAGAAACACCCUGAAAAACAUAACUUUUCCGGCCCAAAUCAACACGCAAGUAAACAUCUCAACAGCUGAUAUAACUACGGUUUGCAGCCAAGAUGGCGCUGGUUUCCAGUGCCGCUGUGAGGAUGACUACCUUUGGCCUUGUGACAAAUGUGCCACCUACGGAAAAUGUGACAGUGAUACAAACAACACAUGCAGCUGCAUCAGAGCGAUUCCCACAGAUGGACAAUACUGUCAGUCAAUACAGCAUCAAAACGUUUAUGAGUACAUCAUUUCUGUUGAGUUGAACAUCUCAGAUGUUUCACUGAUCGAUCAACUGAGGACCAUUGUGAACAACAUCAGUUCCCCCAUCAGCAUCAACAACCACAUACAAAUCUCUGAGGUCAACAUUUCUACAGUUUGCUCUCCGAGCAGCGGUGGUUUCCAGUGCAGAUGUGAGGAUCAAUACAUUUGGUCAUGUGACCAAUGUUUAACAUACGGAUCAUGUGACAACAGCACCUAUGACACAUGUGGUUGCAUCAAUGCUCUUCCUCCUGAUGGACAAUAUUGCCAGCCUGUUGACCAAUACACUCCUCCAGUUGUUUAUGAGUACAUCAUUUCUGUUGAGUUGAACAUCUCAGAUGUUUCGCUGAUCGAUCGACUGAGGACCAUUGUGAACAACAUCAGUUCCCCCAUCAGCAUCAACAACCACAUACAAAUCUCUGAGGUCAACAUUUCUACAGCUCCUCCAGUUGUUUAUGAGUACAUCAUUUCUGUUGAGUUGAACAUCUCAGAUGUUUCACUGAUCGAUCAACUGAGGACCAUUGUGAACAACAUCAGUUCCCCCAUCAGCAUCAACAACCACAUACAAAUCUCUGAGGUCAACAUUUCUACAGUUUGUUACCCUAAUGCCAUGGACAGAUUCAACACAUUUUACCACAACAGAUAUGAACACGACAACAACUGCUACACCAACAACAACGGUAACAAAUUCAACAACCAUCGCUACAACAGGUGUGAACACAACUUUAACCAUGACAUCAGCAAUAACUGCAGCAAAUACAACAACAAACGCUACAACAGGUGUGAACACAACCACGUUUACGACAACACCAACAACAACUUUAACAACCGCUACAACGGGUGUGAACACAACAACAGUAGCUACAACGGGUGUGAACACAACAACAUUCACCACAACGGGUGUGAAUACAACAACAGCCGCUACAACAAGUAUGAACACAACAACAGUCGCUACAACAGGUGUGAACACAACAACAGUAGCUACAACGGGUGUGAGCACAACAACACCUGCUACAACGGGUGUGAAUACAACAACAGUCGCUACAACGGGUGUGAACACAACAACAGUCGCUACAACGGGUGUGAACACAACAACAGCCGCUACAACGGGUCCGCUACAACGGGUGUGAACACAACAACACCCGCUACAACGGGUGUGAACACAACAACACCCGCUACAACGGAUGUGAACACAACAACAGCCGCUACAACGGGUGUGAACACAACAACAGCCGCUACAACGGGUGUGAGCACAACAACAGCCGCUACAACGGGUGUGAACACAACAACAGCCGCUACAACGGGUGUGAACACAACAACAGCCGCUACAACGGGUGUGAGCACAACAACAGCCGCUACAACGGGUGUGAACACAACAACUGCCGCUACAACGGGUGUGAGCACAACAACAGCCGCUACAACGGGUGUGAACACAACAACAGUAGAUACAACGGGUGUGAACACAACAACAGCCGCUACAACGGGUGUGAGCACAACAACAGCCGCUACAACGGAUGUGAGCACAACAACAGGUGCUACAACGGGUGUGAACACAACAACAGGUGCUACAACGGGUGUGAGCACAACAACAGUAGAUACAACGGGUGUGAGCACAACAACAGUCGCUACAACACCAGUAACAACUACUGAUGUGACCAGCGGAAAUACCACAAUCAGCUCAACAACGUCAGAUGCUCCAACCACACCUACUCCAACUACUAGCGCGGCUACUACUACUACUAUCACUUCCCCCACAACAACCACUACUAUGGGUACUACCACUAUCACUACCCCCACCACUACUACUACAGCUACCACCACUGCCACUUCUCCCACUACCACCACCACCACCACCACCAGUACAGCUACUACCAGUGCCCUUUCGACGACCACUGCAACUCCCACUUCACCAACACAGCUUAGAGGAAUUGACCUGGAAAUGUCAAUUAGAUUAGACAUGGAAUACACAUCAGAAUUAAAUGAUCCAACAAGUGCAGAGUACAGGGCCCUUGAAUCACGUAUUCUUCCAGUGGUAAAGGACCUGUAUAAAGAAAUCUCAGGAUAUAUCGGUGUUUCUGUGACGAGAUUCAGUGAAGGAAGCGUAAUUACAGACUUUGUUGUUGAGACAACACAAGUUGUCCCUGGUGAAAUAACCAAUGCAAUUAAAAAUCUUCCUGAUGCAAUGCUUGCUAUUGCCCCUGUCAUUGGCCCAGUUUCUGCAUUUUACAGGAGUCCAACAUCAAUCAGCAUUCCUAACCUCACUUAUACUGGGAACACCAUGACGCUGACAUGUGGCCCUCCAAAGAAAAUGAAUGUGGGAAAGAUUGAUAGUUCUGCAUGGAAAUUUAAAGGACGGGAAAUUAAAGAUGAUGGAAGGAUGGAAAUAACUACUUCUGACAAUAUAUCUAAGCUUAAAGUUAACAACGUCAUUCUUGCUGAUAGGGGAUACUACAGUUGUACCCUGAGGAUCAUGGCACUGGGUUUCUUCCAAGAGGGAGAUGUAACAGAAGCUAAUAUCAAACAAGCUCCCAUUGUGCGACUACAGAGUGAAGUUAACGUAAGAUGUGAAAACGAAGCGAUGCAACCACUAACGUGUUGUGUACAGCGCCCAUUCACAGUCGAGUGGUUUCUAGAUGGAAACCGAUUAGAGUCAGUUCCUAUUGAUGAUGGAGAAGCCAACUGUAUCAGGCAUGAUUACAACCUAGGAAGCUGCAGUGGAUCACCACAAAAAACACUACUUUUUAUAUGUAGGGUAGUUAACCCUAGAAGUUAUGAAAUGACAAUGACAAUGACCAUUUUCCAAGAUGAUGUCAGGUGUGACGACGCUCAGUACGGGGUCGGGCGAGCAGGUGACAGAUCAAGCAUAGAGUGUGCUCAAGGUCAAGAGGGAAGCAAGACUGCGAUCUGCCAGGAAACAGGAGAGUGGAAACUUCAGGAGGAUACCUGCAUUGUAACAGAAAUCAAGGAACUAUUAAUUGAUUCACAGGAUUUGGCGAAGGAGGAAGUGCCACAAUUUGUGGCGAAUCUAAAUAAAACUGUCCAGCAACAGCAAACAAAAAUUGCAAAUUCAUCUGCAACCAUAUCAGCUGUCGUUGACAUCCUUAACACCGUCGCAACCGUUUCAACUACUGUGAAUGAAACUGUCAUGCAUGAUGUAAUAUCCACUAUUGAUGCCAUCGUUGGUGAGGAUGCAAGAGAGUCCUGGGCAACUCUGAAUGCGAAUGAAACCCGCAACUCCAGCUCAGCGUUACUGGGUUCUCUGGAGACUAUCUCAGAUCAAUUGGUCGGGGAGUUUUCCAUCGCGACCACACGGAUCCUGCUCAACAGAACCACGUUUGACAACUCCUUCAGGGCAGACCUGAACUCCAGCAUCGUCAUAGAUAUUCCAAACACCAACAUGAACAAAGUCUCCAUUACCACCAUCACCCUGUCCACCCUUAAUAAUGUCAUGCCAUUACGGAACUCCACCUUUGAUGCCAGCCUCUUCAACGCCACCAGCAAUGAAACUGUCAGUGACAACGCCAUCAACGCAGCUGUGGUGCUCGUCAAGAUAAACGCAACGAUUAGGAAUGUCAGUCUGAGCUACGACAAGCUGAACAACUCCCUGACGCUGAACCCACAGUGUGUCUUCUGGAACUUCACACUCUUCGAUAAUCUUGGAGCGUGGGAUGAUGAAGGGUGCGAGUUUGUUUCAGACAAAAAUAAUACAGUAACCUGCCGCUGUAACCACCUGACCUCCUUCUCCAUUCUGAUGGCGACGAACAUCCCUCCAUCUCUGAGAGUAGCUUUGGAUAUAAUCACUUAUGUUGGAGUUGGGAUAUCUCUGGCAAGCUUAGUCAUAUGUCUGAUUAUUGAAGGAUGUGUCUGGAAAGCCAUUACCAGAAAUAGCACUGCGUUCAUGCGUCAUGUUUCCAUCGUCAAUACUGCCCUGUCUCUGCUGAUCGCCGACAUCUGUUUCCUCAUCGGCGCCUCUAUAGCGAAGAACCCCCUUGAAAACCCAGGGGAGGACCAUGCAGUUCCACUUGCACCGUGUAGCACUGCAACUUUUUUCAUGCACUUUUUCUACCUUUCUCUUUUCUUCUGGAUGCUCGUGUCAGGACUUCUGCUCUUUUACCGGACGGUCAUGGUCUUCUCACACAUGUCCAAGGCAACCAUGUUGGCCAUUGGGUUCUGUUUAGGCUAUGGCUGCCCUCUGAUUAUUGCUGUUAUUACUGUUGCCGUCACAGCACCAGGGAAUGGAUACAUCAGGAAAUUUGAUGCUUGCUGGCUGAACUGGAAUGAGACAAAGGCCCUCCUGGCCAUGGUGGUACCUGCCUUGACCAUAGUUUUCAUCAACAUUUUAAUCGUAGUUGUGGUCUUGUUCAAAAUGCUGAGAAGAGGCACGGGAACCACUGCCCAUCCAGAUGAAAAACAUACACUGGUGGUCAUUACAAGAUGUGUGAUCAUUUUGACUCCUCUAUUUGGACUGACCUGGUCUUUGGGAGUGGGAACCAUGGUGUCACCAACAAAUAAAGGAAUCCAUAUUGCCUUCGCAUUCUUCAAUUCACUACAGGGUUUCUUCAUUUUAGUGUUUGGGACACUAUUCGACUCAAAGAUCCGUUCUAUCCUCUCAAGGAGAGUACCUACAACAAGCACCGGCACUGGCUCUAAUUCAACAGGAAGUACGAGUGGUGGCAAUUCAUCAUUCAGUGGAACAAAUUUUAUAAGUCGACUACUUGGAAGAAGAUAUAUCUACCAUGUUUCACAAGCUGCCAGCUCAAACAGCGGAGGUGCAUCAGAGUCAUUUGUCAAUAUCUGAAUCAAUACAACAAUCUGUACAUAAAAUGAUUUAAAUAUUCAUAAGAUUUGUCAGGUAUUCAUUCGAGUACAUUGUGAGAUAUUCAUUUUCAGUAGAUAAUCAGAAACUAGGUUUUUAUGACAAGUUGAAGUUCACUGGAAUGAUAAUGUAAAUGGUGGUGCGACAAACAUGUUUUGAAAUCAACAAGAAAGUAUGUAGUGAAGAUGUUCAAAGGAAGAUCACUGUUCUCAUCCUGCGAAAUGGUAUUUUUGAAACAGUUGAUGCUGCUGUGUUUGGUAACACUUAAAGAUCACACAAGCCAGAGUAGUAACAAAGGAACUUGUAAGAAGGAAGCAUUUUGUUCACUAGUAAUUCCUGAUCAAUACGUUUUUUAAAUAAGUCAUAGGAUGAUCUAAUUUAAAGUAGCUAUAGCAUCCUACAACUUAAGUGAAAAGUAGCUGAUUUCACAAUCAACACUAAUAACUCAGAUUUUUCUGUAUUUUAUUGCAAUGUGUCACCAUAUUUAAAGCUGAAAUCUAUAAUUUAUUUUAGUUACACAAGUCACAAUUUUAGAUCUUUUGUGUGGAGUUGAUAGACAUUAAGAUUGGCACAUUUUCCUUUGGAAACUACAGUAUUUAGUCUCAUCCCAGCGGCCACUAGACAUCAAUGUAAUGUCAGAAAGAAUUUGGACUCUCAUGUCAGACAGAUGUUAAAUAUCGUUUGGAAAUGAAAAUUGGGUUGUCGGCUAACUGACGUUGAGUUUUGCUCACAAAUUGAAUGCUGAUUAAAUAUGUUUUAUAUAUCAAGAUGGUGUUGGCAUUAGACGUUCAGAAGAUUUUGGUUUUAGUUACUUAGUUACAGCUGUUGUCAGUAUUCUACAUCAAAUUGAUGUUGGCAUUUAACGUUGUCCUGACGUUGAAUUUUGGUCACCUGAUGUCACAACCUACAUUCAACCAAAUAUCAACAGCUAAUGAGGUUGUUGGCCCAGCUGCAUACCUGCAGGGAUUAUUGAUGUGCCAUUUUUAUAUCAUAAACAAAACCCACUGUCUGAAAAAAGAAAAUGUUUGAUCAAAUGAUUCAAGACCAUCUCAUAUACCAGCAGCCAAAAAAAGACUUAAAUAUGAGAUGCAAACAGAUGAGAUACAUAUCAUUCAGGUGAAUGUUGGUAAUGCUGGUUCAGAGGCCUUUUGAAACACAAAGAGUGGAAUGGUAAUGUUUUGGCUAAUAAUACAAACUGUACCUGUUCAGAUAAAUGAGGUUUAUCUUAUAAAAUCUUAAUUUAAAUGCAUAUACACUGCUGGAAAAACAGUGUCUGCUAACUGCUAGCCACUUGCACUUAUGCCCGAUAACUUAAAUCAGCAAAAGUUCAAGUGCUGUCAUAAAAUCAUGGUCUGUUGGGUGUAAGCAAAUGUAUUUUGCCCAUUGUCUGAAAAGUUAAAUUGAAUUUUGCUAGCUGUGUGGCCAAUCAAUAACUCGUAUUAGCUUAACAGCAGCCACGGCAUACGCACAAACUGAAAACAUAAUUUCCAUGACCUGCAAUGUUGUUGCUGCAAAUUGUUGUUUUCACUGAUAAUUCAGCUUCUGUCUAAUGUGCACUGUGCUUUAAAAAAGAUUGUGAAUUGAAACAAAGAUCUAGUAAUGCAGUGAAACAUUAGCUCCAAACAUUUGCUAAAUAAGAUGCUUAUUGUGAAAUAAUGUGUGUAUUCAUUGAGUUUUCAA